AGCUGCCAUGAGACGCGGCGCGGCCCGGACCCUGCUGCUCAACAUGUACCUGCCAGAUCCGGUUGGGGAAACUUUGUUCAAAGAAGGCAAAAACCAGACGUGGGGCUCGCUGGGGCCGGGAGUUCAGAAAGGCAGUGGGCAAAUCCAGCUAUGGCAAUUCCUCCUGGAGCUGCUUUCGGACCGGGCCAACCUCAACUGCAUUGCCUGGGAGGGCACCAACGGUGAAUUCAAACUGCUCGAUCCUGAUGAGGUGGCGCGGCGCUGGGGCGAACGCAAGAGCAAACCUAACAUGAACUAUGACAAGUUGAGCAGGGCCCUGCGCUACUAUUAUGACAAGAACAUCAUGACCAAGGUUCAUGGCAAGCGCUACGCCUACAAGUUUGACUUCCAAGGCUUGGCCCAGGUCUGCCAGCCAGCCACGCCUGACCACACCUUGUACAAAUUCCAGGCACCCCUUCCCUUCUCUGGCAUCUCCAAACUCAACUUCAUGGCUUCGGGAGUGACCCCAGCCAGUUUCUCCUACUGGCCGGGCUCUGCCCCUGCCCUGUACCCCAGCCAUGGCUUGCAGGCUUCAACGCCCUUCAGCACCAUGGCAACAUCUCAUAUCAACAAUAUGAACAGCCAUUACCACUAGACUUCAUGUGGUUGCAUGGGGUAUGGUGAGGAGCUGGGAGAAUAAAGUUUGACCCCUAAAUUUCAGCCUAAGAU